CACCUGCGGUGGUUUGUUUAUUUGAUUUAACAGUUGCGAGGAGGAGCUUAUCUCAGAAACCUUUGCUCCAAAAGAACAGAAAGUCAAUCACACCGGCACAUUCCUUAACGGAGCAUUAUCUGGCCGACUUGCAUUACUAAGCUUUAGGAAAUCGGGAGUAUGAGAGAAGGAGCAGAUGAUGCUGUCAAUCAGCAGGUCAUUAGUGUCUGGGUGCGGGAUCCGAGGAUACAAAAGAAUGACUUUUGGCAUGCCUACAUAGACUAUGAGAUUUGUUUACAUACUGACAGUGUGUUCUUCACCAAGAAAAUUUCACGUGUGAGAAGAAGGUACAGUGAGUUUGUAUGGCUCAGGCAGAAGCUACAAGCAAAUUCACUGUUAAUGGUACAACUCCCUGAUUUACCCCCAAAGAACCCUUUCUUCAGCCUGAACAAUGCCCAGCAGAUCACUGAGCGGAUGAAAGGGCUGCAGAGAUUUCUGGAACAGAUCCUCCAGAGCCGUCUGCUGCUGUCCGACAGUUGCCUACAUCUUUUCCUGCAGUCACAGCUCAGCGUGUCCAACAUGGAGGCCUGUGCUACUGGAAAGACCAACUACUCUGUGGCCCAGGCAGUUCAGCGCUGUGGCCGGAGGAGAUUCCACUCACAGGAGGAUCUAAAGAAGGACACCAGCACAUCCUGUGACUCUGACUCAGACAGCUCAGAGUGUCGAGAUUCAGAACCCUGGAUAAAAGAUUUGGCUAUAAACAAAUCAGGGAGUACCACAUCGGUUGAUCUCAUGGAAGCCAGUCAGGAGAAAACCCUUAGCUGCUCAUCCGGUUCUACAUGAAAACAUCAUCUUCAUUAACUUGGAGUGUUGGAGUCUAUACACUUGCGUCACAUACAACCUGUCAGACAUGUGAAGAAAAAGUUACCUGAUACUCUGUCAUACUGCACUUUUGUCUACAUUGCUUUGAAUUAUUUUUCUUUAAAAACAUGUCAAAGCUUAUUGUUGUCUCAUUUAGGUAUUUCAGUUUAAAGCAUGUACAGUAAAUAGUAAUAAAAAUAUACCUAUGCCCAACAUUAAAGAGUUGUUUAUCUGCAUGUCCACUAUAAGGUAACAAUUUGCCUGAAGAUGGCAGUGUUGUUUCAUCCAUCUCUUUGUGUUUUCACAUUUCCC